UGCCGACAAAAACAAACUGCGGAACUUCACUUCCGCCGUGCACUUUGGGCUGUCAGACUCAUAUUGCUGUUUUGUUUACAUCGGACGUGUUGGGUGUUGCGACAUGUCAUCUGACAUCUUCUGACAUGGCAAAACUUUUCAGUUCACUGUUUAAAGAUCUAAGAGCCCUUUCCCUCAGUAAUAUCGAGUUUUUUCAACAUGGAACCAGCAGCACGCACGCAAAAUUCCAUCAGUCGUUUGUUAUGUUAUUUGAGCACCUUGACAGAGGUAUUCAGCCAUCCAUUGAACAUAUAGCCCCACUCCUCUCGAAGUACGACCUGUCCCCAGACACACAGGCCAAUGGUUAUCGCAGUCUUCUGAAGGUCGUCCACAAAUGCUGCGGAAACCUUUUGAGACUGUCUCGGUACAUCAAUGUCAACCGAAGUUCACUGUUUUUCCGCGGCAACUUUUACAGCAAGGAACUGGAGGCAUAUGUGAUAUGUCUAGGACAGUUGAGAGCCACCCUGUACUAUGCGCAGAAGCUUGUGGCGUACAGUGAAGAGGGUUCUCUGUUUGCGGAUGAGGACAAUUUGGAGGACCCCGUGGUGGAGAAAUUGAUGGAGGAGGUGGAGUGCCUGAGCCAGAACUGUUUCUAUGGGCGAUGUCUGGGCUUCCAGUUCUGUGAGAGCAUGCACCGACCCCUGACCACUGUAGCUGUUGCCAUGGCAUCCUUCAGUGAGGGGUACCUGGAGAAAACCCACUUCAAACAAUUGACAGCCUCUGUGGUCAACAGCGGGAAGUAUCUGAUGAAUCCAGAGCUGAGGGCAGAGCAGAUUGUGGGUGUCACAAGAACAGCAAAUGUGGAGUUCUGUAAGAACUUCUGGGGUAUAACAGAAUCGGACAUCAUGCAGGCAGUGCCUUCUUUAGUUUGUCCAGCCAUCAAGGUCAAUGAGGUUAUUCACCUGAAGCCAGAACAAUUAGAACUCCCAGCUGUGAACUCGGACAACCCCAGGGAGAUGGUUGUGAUUACGCCUCCCUGCGCUCACACUGGGCCCGGGCCGGUCAAGGUCAGACUGAUGUCAUACGAGCCCAGGGAGGGGCAGGAGUUACGACACAGUCGCCAAAACCCCCGCCAUCGCCUGCCGAUGUCCAGCAGUCUGCUGAUCCACUGUCACGGGGGAGGAUUCGUCGCCCAGUCCUCUAAAUCCCACGGCAUCUACCUCAGACAGUGGGCCAAAGACCUCAACAUCCCCAUCCUGUCUAUAGACUACUCCCUGGCCCCGGAACAACCCUUCCCCAGGGCCCUGGAGGAGUGCUUCUUUGCCUAUGCAUGGGCCCUCAAGAAUUGUGCCAAAUUAGGAUGGACUGGGGAGACCCUGUGCCUGGCUGGAGACAGUGCUGGAGGGAAUUUGAUGAUCUCCACGGCCAUGAGGGCUGCCUCCUUUGGGAUCCAGAUCCCGGAUGGGAUCAUGGCUGCCUACCCUGUGGUCUUGGUGAGGUACACCCCCUCCCCUGCACGUAUCCUGGCUCUGAUGGACCCCCUGCUUCCUGUGGGGAUCAUGAUGCGGUGCCUGGCAGCGUAUGCAGGGAUAUCUCAGAAGUUUGAGAAUUCCAUUGAGGAUGAGCCAUUUGAAGUCAUUGAGGCAGAGGAAGCACUUCAUGAAGAUGACAUCUUUAACUACAAGAUCAAAAAUGGAGUCAAGGGGGACAAUUUCUCCUCCAUGACCAGCAGCUGCCAUUCGAUAGAAUCGCUAGACAAUUUAGAUGAGCCGGAUAUUUCUGGAGUGUCCAAACGCUGUCACUCAAUUGAGUCUCUGGACACGAUGGAAGAGCUGGAUAUUUCUAGUCAGCAGUCAUCAGUGUUGGAGGGAAUCUGUGCUGACUCGGACGAUGACAUCACAGUUCUAAAGCGAGUCCAGCACCCCUCAGAAUCCAUGGGAGAAAUGGAGGAACUCACCCCCGACAACUCAGAGGAAGUUCUUCUCCUGAGUUCUGAGGAAGAAGAGGAUUAUGAUAUUGUAAAACCAGAGGAGGUUGUUGAACCACCACAAGAGGAGGUUAAGAUGAAUGGCUGUAGACUGCGUGUGUCUAUAUCUGAUGGACAAGUACACCAAUCUCAAACUGAUCAGAACCUCUCUGUGAUGGACAGCGUGGCAGGCUCUCUGACCAGGUCAAACAUGUCUGACACCAAGCACCUGCUGACACAGGAUGGAUCAGUGAACCAUGGCCAGGACCCGACAAAGUCGACGGCAAACCAUGCUAGUCGACCAAUCAGACACAGUCCAUCUUGCCCAGAGAUCAGCGAUACUCUCAGAUAUGGCUUCUCAGGAAAAUUUACUCCACAGUACACUAAGGAAAGUCACCGGAAGUUUAGUCCACUCCAAAUGUUCCGUAAACUUCCCAUUGUAAAGAACCCCUACAUGUCUCCCUACCUGGCCCCUGAUGAAAUGUUGAAGUGCCUUCCUCCCAUUAAACUAGUGGCUUGUCACCUUGACCCCCUGCUGGAUGAUUCUGUGAUGUUUGCCCGGAGGUUGCGUAGCCUUGGUAACCAGGUGGAGCUCCACCCAGUGGAUGAUCUUCCCCAUGGCUUCCUGAACUUCUCCACGGCAAGCAGGGAGGCACGACUGGCCUCGGACAUCUGUGUGGACAAAAUACGACAAAUUCUUCAACUUUCAACAUAACUGGGCAUUGCUGUAAUUUUUUGUAACAAAUUGUGAAGCAUUGAUGGAAUCCACAUGAAAAUUCUGUUUUGUAAAGAAAUGCAGUGGAACAAAACAAAAAAACAGUGGGACAAAUUACAAUCAUGGAUGUUUUUUUAAUUACUUAUUACAUAAAUCUCAAUUCAUAUUGAUUACAUGAUUAUUGCUCUCAUUUGGAACACCUCUUAAGACAAGCAAUGAAAUAAUGUAUCAUUUUGAUAUUUAAAAUAGUAUUUGGUUGAUUUCAUAUUGGAAACUAAUGGAUUUUGGUAUGAACUCAAGAGUACCCUGAUGUGUUUUAUGGUAUUAUGACAUUAAUUCACUGGUUUUAUUGUUAAACAAUUUCCAUUUUACUGUAGAGCUGAUACAGCAGCUUGACCUGUUUUGUGAUAAGAUUCCCUUACUUAUGCGGUGCUUAUUUUUAUAAACAAUUGUUGUCUCUGUAAUUGAGGAGAAUAGAAUUAGAUUUUUUUUAAAGCUAUUAUAUUUCAUUGAUUAUAAUCAUGCUAUAUUAAAAAGGAAUGGGAUUAUAUUGUGAUCUGACAAAACAAUGGCACCUUGUGUUCUUUUGAUUCAGUCUCAUGGAUGUGAAUAUUUGGGCAUUAACUCUAUUGCAUUGUCUGUAAGAUAAUUUUUUUGGAAUAUUUUCUUUAAUAUUACAAUAUAAUAAUUACUUCCCUAAAGUACAGUUGAACUUCGAUAUCUCGAACACCGAUAUCUCGAAUACAAUAGAUAUGUCGAAGUUAUAUUUAAGUCCCAACCACCUAUUUUUUAAGAACGAAGUUAGACUGUAUUGUAAUUUUGGCUUUGUUGUCAUAAAGAAACUUCUUUUGUAUGGUAGUUUCUCACAGAACAGAAUUUCACAUGCUGUAUUUUCUGUACUUUUAGCAUAUAUUAGCCAUGUAUUAAAAGGAAAAACAGGUCUGUAUUAUCCCCACUCAGUGAAUUGUUCCGUGUCAGAAAAUGGAUGUUUUGAAUUAGUACACAAUUUUACUGUCAUUUAUGUUCUUAUUCGUUCCACUCAAACGAACAUAAAUAAUUUAUAAAAUAAAACACAAACACGUAUAUUAGGAUGUGAAGCGCUCUGAAGUGCAGUUUACUUAUUACACAAAUCUAAAUACAUGGUUUUCUUCUUUAUCUUCAUUUCUACAAAAUAGAACAAUAUUUUAACAUAAUUAAUAUUCCAAAAUAAACGUCAAAAGCAAGGGCGGGUGGGUGGGAAUUAAGUUAUCUGCACUGAAAAGAGCCUUCGAAUGGCUAUAUAACUUUCCGCGCUAACAACGGUCAGUUAAAACCCGUGCAAUGAAUAUUUAAAUGUCACCUGACAAGGUGACCAACAACUAACCAAUAGAUUACAGGUGUAAAUAAACACGAACACGUGUUAUUUGGACCUUUAAUAAAUACAUGAGAUGUUUUAUGAUCUACAGUGCAAUCUUAUUUGAUUUUUUAAAUCUCACUAUCAUUCUGGAGAGAACAGAUCAUGUAUCACCCAGAAUGAAUAUUAUUUACCAUAUUUUAGUAGUAUUCAAUAUAUACAUGAUUUAAACUUUCAAAUGACUCAAUUUAUUUUAACAGUCACUCUGCAGAUGUAAAAUAUGAAUGUAUCGAAAUCUUAAAGGUUCAGUCUUUACACUUGAUCUGUUUUAAACUAUUGUUUAUCUUCCAAGCAUACUUGCUCUAUUUUGUGAAUUACAUGUACAUGUAUUUAUGUAUUAUAUACACCAUUGUGAGUUGCCCCAGCAGCUGUUGAUAUUUUGUCAGCAAUCAUACUGUCUUAAUGUGUUAACCCCUUAAAUGCCAGCCCGAGGUUUGUGUUAUAAAAAAAUGAGCAGUUAAAUUAUUUUUUAAAAUAUUUACUGUAAUGACCAUAACCAUUUUAAUUGUGAUGCACAAGAUGUUUGUUGAAAAUAAAUUAAUUUUCCAUGAAA